CAGUGUGACCUCACAAAAUACCUUCAGCCGUUACUUAAGACUUCACACAAUUUCACACACGUGGUUCAUAUUUGAUAUUUUUCUGGAUAAACAGGGAUGUGACCUGGAACUAGUCCCAGCGGCGGAGGGAUACGACCUCGAGACGGGAAUUCCAGUAUCCAAAUACAAAGCAUGAUUUUGGUCCCAUUACACUGAUAUGUUAUCAAAUGUCACGGAGAGUCGGUCGUGGUGGUUAAUGAUUCUCCGGCUGAUACCUGAGAGCGAGCGGGAGGAAGCGGCAGCUCCUCGGCUCCGGGACUGGACUCAUGCUGCUGAACGCUCUGCUCCUCGUGGCUCUGAGCUCUCGGAGCGUCUGGGCCCGAAAGUCCGAACCCUCCCUGGACGAGGGCGACGCCGGUUUGUUCAGGGGGUCGGACAAGUAUGACUUCGCCGUGGAGGUUCCCGCCGCAGGGAUGGAGUGUUUCUGGCACUUUGCUCACCAGAGUGGAAGCUUCUACUUCACCUUCAUGGUGCAGUGGGUGACGGGGAUGGCCAACAAUCGCCGGCUGUUUGUGACGGUCAGUUCACCAAACGGCGCCCUCAUGGCGUCCGUCACUGAAGCCGUCGGUCAAAUGAAUUUCCAGACCGAGGAGACAGGUUUCUACCGGAUGUGUCUCGGAAACCACAAGAACCAGUUUGGAGGAAUCAGAGUCUUUCUGAACUUUGGGGUCAUCUACGAAGGAUUGGAGGAGUCGGAGGGGGAGACAGUCCUCAACAGCACCUUGACUGGUAUUGAGGAGAGCGUACAGAAGCUCCAGAAUCAGAUCUUCCACAUGUGGCGUCACUACAACUUCGCCCGCAUGAGGAAAGGGAAGGAUCACCACCUCCUCCUGUCCAACCUCAACUACGUCAACUGGUGGUCGGCGACCCAAAGCUUUGUCAUCCUCCUGUCGGGAUACCUGCAGCUCCGCGUCCUCAAGAGACUGUUCCACACGGACGCCAGUCGGCCGAGAUGCUGAGAGCAGAACCUGCACACGUCUGGACCUCUUCAUAAUUUACUAUUUUCUCUAAUUCGAUAUUUAUUGAAAAAAAAUUUGGAAAAGAAAAAAGAUCUUGCACAUUAUCUGCAAUAUUUUAUUAAAGGUCCUCCAGUGUAAAGGUCUGUGUCCAUGU